AUGUACUCGGACAUAAAACUGGCCGAGUUGGCAACUUGGCCACGUCUAGUUCGAAAAUCUAACCCGCAGGGUGGCUUGCGCAAGCCAGAAGCCGACCAGUCGUUCCGAGCCCGAUUGUACAUACGAGACGAAACCAGUCGAGUCUUCCGACCGGUCACCACCAGCAACAAUUUGGUUGCUUCCUGUUGUAAACCCACAGGAGUUUUGCCCUCUUCUCACUAG